AUGGGCAACCUCAUGGCUGAUGUUGAGAAGCCAACAACACCACAAAAGCCCGGGACUGGGACGACUCCUCGAAAGAAGGUUACCUCGAUACCGCAGAGCAGCUCGCCAAGCUUCGCAAAGAAGCAGGCAAAUGACGACGAGGAUGGCACACAUUCAGAGCCUAAAAGCUUACCAUCAGCAGAAGAAUCCGAUACCACACGCUCUCGCACACAUAUGCGUGAUCUUUCCCCCGAAUGGCCUGGCAGAGCGUGA